AUGAAACCUGUUAUUGCGGUCCCAGCGAUUGCCGCGCUAGUUCUGAGAGCGUGGUCAAGAAAAUCGCUCACCCCGGUCGGCAUACUUACAGCUUUCAUCACAGCCGUGGUGCACGCUAUACAUCCAUGGAGUGUGUGCUUCGCGCUGUUGGCGGUGUUCUUCCUAGCUGGGACUUCCGCCACGAAGGUCAAACAUGACAUCAAAGCGAAGCUCACACAGUCUGCCAACGCAUCCAUAUUGAUUCUGCUGCACGCAUGGCAACUAUACAAGGAGGGCACAUAUGCAAAGGAUGACCUGUGCUGGCGGCGAGGAAGCGAUGUACUUGUCGUAGGCAUAGUAGCCAAUUACGCUGCUACAUGUGCCGACACAUUGUCCUCCGAACUCGGUAUCCUUUCUCGAUCGAACCCUCGUCUCGUCACAGCGCCCUGGCGCGUCGUUCCUCCUGGCACAAAUGGCGGAGUAUCCGUGGCUGGACUGAGCGCUGGACUACUCGGAGGCUUCAUCAUAGCGAUUGCGUCGACGCUUCUCAUUCCAUUUUGCGACAAUUGGACCCUUGGAGACAAAGUCAAUUAUACACUAGCUAUGGCGCUCGCCGGCUUGGGCGGAUCAAUCUUGGACUCAGUCCUUGGGGCUGUCCUCCAAGCUAGCGUAAUCGACGUACACUCUGGGAAGGUCGUGGAAGGUGCAGGCGGAAGGAAGGUUCUCCUCCAUGGACACCCAAUGCAUUUCAAGCCUGCGGCUGAGCUUCGGAGCAAGGUGGGCCCUGGAGAAGGCAAAGAUGGGAUUGCAAAGACUUCGGCUGUCGACCCAAGCUUAGAUGAGUCGGUCAAAGUGACGAGGACCAUGCAAAAAGCCGGAGCUAGUGGGACUGCUGUUGGAGAUCCACAGCAUGAAAGCCGUAAGGUUGCCGUUGGGAAUGACAUACUGGACAACAACGCGGUGAAUUUCCUCAUGGCAGCUAUGGUGAGCGUGGCAUCAAUGGUAGGAGCAUGUCUGAUUUGGGAUGUGCCUUUCAGUAGUAUUUUACCCAUUUAG